GGCGAUAGUCAGCAAAUAAUUUUUAAAAAAAGAAAAAAUAGUUGUUCACUGCCAAUGCAAAUUCUUACUUAAUGUUUUUUUAAUUUGUGUAUAGUAUAAGUUUAAGUAUUUCGUUUUUUUUUUUUCAAAAUAUAAAUUCAAAAAUGUUUGGUAUUACACAUAUUUUAAAAAUUGUGUAUAUAUUCAAAAUUUCUAUAGGAAUAAUAAACUGCCAGAUUUCACAUUCAGGGUAUUCCUUUGACAAUCAUGUGAAAGUUAAUACUAAUUUAGAAACUUUUGAUUUAUUACGACACCUUCAUUUUGAUCAAUAUGAAGAAUAUUAUUCAUAUGAAGAAGUCAAACAAAUCGAAGGUUCAGCACAACAAUAUACUGCUUAUCGAGUUGAAGAAGAAUCCAAUUUAACAGUUAAAGCUACUGAAGCAUUUCCCAGUGGUUUUCCGAUGGAUUUUUCAUUAGAAAGUGUUUUUCGUACACCGUCUAGUUUAAAACAACCUUGGAAUUUACUAGAAAUAACUGAUUAUUCGUUUGACGAACAAAUGAGUGUAACAAUAAACCCAAGUUACCAUACCAUUGAUUUUUCAGUACCCACAAUUCAAGGAGAUUUGCAAACAGUUUCUUUCAGAGAAAGUUCGCUUUUUGAUAAUAGAUGGCACAAAGUUAUGCUUUCUGUUGAUAGAGAUACUGUAAGGUUAUGGGUAGACUGUAGACCUAUAACUGAUAUUUAUGGAUUACGCCGAGCCCAAUUGGAACCACGUGGACCGAUACAUAAUUUCGAAGGUUAUUUUAGCAUUGCGAAAGUUGCAAAAACUGAAAGAACAAUACCAGUUGAUAUACAAUUAUUAAUACUAUAUUGUGAUGCCGAAAAGCCAACUAGAACAAAUUGUGAAGAAAUUCCUAAGUAUGAUGUAUUAUCGAAUGAGCCACCAAAUAAACCAGCUGGAAUACCUCCAAUAUUUGGCGCAAAUCUAACAGCACAAAGCGUAUGCCCUGAACAAUGUCCACGAGGACCGCCAGGUCAAAUGGGUUUGUCAGGUCCUCCGGGACCACCAGGCUCACCCGGUCCAAGAGGUCAGGCAGGAUACGGUACAAUGGGCCCACCAGGUAAAGAGGGACCAGUUGGAGAACGAGGACAACCGGGAUACCCCGGUGCACCAGGUAAACCAGGAUUUCCUGGACCACCGGGAUUACCAGGUCCACCAGGUGAAGUAAGAUAUACUACAAUAGAAACUAGUAUGGGAGCCACGAACUUUUCCAGAGGGGAAAAAGGUGAUCGAGGUGAACCAGGUUUUAACGGGGCUCCUGGAAGACCAGGGGAGCAGGGACAACAAGGUCCGCCAGGACCUCCAGGUUUACCUGGCCCACGCUCGUAUAUUACGGAAUACAAUUCAUAUAACGCAACUAAUUACGCCCCUUUUCAAGAAGAUCAAAUUCGAGACAUUUGCAUGGGUGUUGUAAGAGAAUACAUUGCCGAAAUAAUGCCAUCUUUGAUUGGGCCACCUGGAGUUCCAGGAAAAUCAAGGACAGGUCCACCAGGUGCUCCAGGAAUAAGAGGGGAGCCAGGUGAAAGGGGACCUACUGGACCUAGAGGAUCGCCAGGGUUUGUUGGUCCACCAGGGCCACAAGGAAGUAUAGGGCCACAAGGGGAACGUGGUGAACCAGGUCCCCCGGGACCUCGUGGUGAAGAUGGGCAUGGACGUCAGGGUCAACCUGGACCACAAGGACCUCAAGGUGUACCUGGAGAACGUGGAGAAGAUGGAUUCCCCGGAAGACAAGGUGAUAAAGGAGAUACAGGUAGAGAAGGCCAACAAGGACCUAGAGGGCCACCUGGAAGCCCAGGUACUUGUCCGGACUGCGGUUACAGUAAUGCGGCUCAAUAUUAUGCUUUAUAUCAAGCACAAGCCCAACAAAAUUCUAAAGGACCGCAAAACUAUAAUGUCAAAGGAUAAAAUUUGGAAAAUUGUUAUAUUAUAAUUUAGCAGUAACACUAAUUUAGUUAUAGCAACAUUUAUGAUAGUAUAUAAAAAAGAGAUAUGUGUGCCAACUUGGCUCAUAAAAUUACAGACACGGUAUGAUAACUGAACUUGAUUAAAUAAUUUUUCUUAGAUUCAAGAGUUUUGUAGCAUUAUCAAGCAGAAAUCUCAGAAAGUUAAAGAAUUUGUUACAACAACAAUAUUAUAUCCGUUCUAUUACACAGAUUAAUCUAUAAAAUAAAUUAAUAAAUAAUAAAUUAAUUUAGAUUAAUUUAUUAUUUAUUUAUUUCAAUAUUAA